AUGGUGCCUACGCCAGACGACUAUUUGCUCAGCCUGCGUGCAGUGCGUGAGCGAUGUUUCAGAGUACAAGAAGCCGGCAUUCGCAACCGCCUCCAACAUUUUGAUGUCGAUCCGUCAAAGCUACAGGAUGUUGUUCAAUUUGUCGUUUCACUAAUCAAGCGCGAUUACGACGAGCCAUCAGCUGUGCCUGUUCACGGUAUUUGGCGUCAUUUUGAUGUCAGCGGCCGUCCUCGUAUUCAACACCUUCUUAACUCUUGGUCGAGCCUUGGGUUUGAUGCAACUGAAAAGACCAGGCGGGUUCUGGACUUGUUUGUGGUUGCAGUGUUGAUGGAUACCGAUGCGGAUCAUGUGUGGUCUUAUCGCGAGAAUGCCACAGGAAGAACUUACAAACGUGCCGAAGGUGUUGCUGUUGCAGUGCUGGAACUUUUCACAGCCGGUGCAUUUUCGAGUGACGUGAAUCAGCCUCAUCGAGUUGACUCUGAGGCAUUGAUCAAUCUCUCGUUGGAUACUCUCGAACAAGGAUUCCAAGUCGACCACGAGCGGAACGUCCUGAUUGGUCUUGAAGAUCGUUUAGAUAUCUUGCGAAACCUUGGCAAGGUACUACAGGAGCAUGCUGAUUAUUUCCAAAAGACUGGUCCUGUUCCACGACCAGGGAACCUUAUGGACUACCUUCUUGAGCAUUCAUCUACCAUCAAGACGAAGAAAGGUGCUUUGAUUCUCUUGGAAACCCUAUGGCCUGUUGUGCAAUGCAUGGGUGAGCUGUUUGUGGCUGAGCGUCCCAGUGGCAAGGGCGGGAUCCCAGGCUAUGGUGAUGUUUUCCCAUGUGGUGCCAUCCAAUACAAUAGCAAUGAUUCAACCGAUCACUAUGUGCCGUUCCACUUGAUGUCGCAAUGGCUUGUCUAUUCACUCAUUGAGCCUAUGGAACGCCUUUUGGGUGCUACCAUCGAAGGUACAGAGCUGUUGACGCCAUUGGCAAACUUCCGUAAUGGUGGUCUUUUGAUGGAUACUGGUUUUAUUUCACUCAAGCCUAAGGAGCAUGAUCGUGGCAUUGAAAGCUAUCACAAAAACUCGCUUCUUCCAGGUCAACCCAAGAUUGAAGUUGCACCUUUGUUUGAAAUGGAUGAUCCAGUUGUGGUCGAAUGGCGUGCCUUGACCACUGCAUACUUGGACAUUGUGGCGGAACGCGUGCGUGACGCCUUGCGAUUGAACCGUAACAAGUUGUCAUUGACUAGACUAAUGGACGGCGCUACUUGGAGUGCCGGCCGUGAGCUUGCAGAGAUCUCUCGCCCCAACACUCAGGAACCACCUAUCAUUGUCAAGGGUGCCAUCUAUUAA